AUGAUGAAAACUAGCUUUUUCAGUUUGACGCUUUUGGGAUGUGCACUUUCUUUAGUGUCCAACCUUCCAAAUAUCAAUAAGCAGGCAUCUCCUGCCCUUGGUGGUGUAUCAAAGACACCUCAAGACCUUUUGUUUUCUGGAGAUUCUGUUUGUGACAAAUUUUCGUCGACAAUUCAAUCCAACAACGAUACCACCGAUUUUCCCAUCGACUUCAAUUUGUAUGUUGCAACCACUGAAAGUGCUCCAAAUGACAACUAUACCGUGGACUUGUACUUUAAGAACCCACGGCACAAUUCUCUCAAUCAAUUUGCCAUUUUGAACACCACCGAUAAGCCACAGGCUUUGGAGCAGUAUAACCCACAAUUGAUUUCACAGCAGCCAGGAUUCGGCGUAGAGUUCAAAUUCGACUUUUCAAAGGGUUUAUUGUGCCAAUUCUUGUACGAAUUCCAGGUUAUCUAUCAAUUAGAAAGACAAAACGACACCAGUGCCAAAUCAGAUAAGAUUUUCUUGGUGGGUUCUUGCCAAUUGAACCAGCAGUAUCACCCAGACGACUACAAUACGCUCAUUGACCAAGGAUUCAGAUGCGUAGAGUACAAUUCAGGGUUCAAAUACGAUGGAGGUAAGGACUGGUGUAGUAAAUUUUACCCAUCUGAUCAAUGCUGCGAUCUGUACCAAAAUGACGAACUAGUGGCUAGGGAUACCUGUCCUACAAAAUCCGGUGUUCUGCUGGCCUCUGCCCCUACCGUGGCACCAGGACCGCUGGACAGACCCAAUGGACCUGGACACGAACCAAGAAUUGCAGUUGCUUCUACGUUGACUACCAAGAGAAGAGCAUGA